AUGGCCAGCUUGUACACAGGAACAACACCAGCAGUGGUCACGAAUGCCAAGGGCUUACACCUUAUAACCUCCUCGACUCCCAACGGAAAUGAAGUCCAGAUCCCUCUCGAGGAGUUGAAGGAUAUUUACGGACUAGAGUGA